AAUAUUGACUGUAGGGUUUUAUUCCUUCCCCUUCCCCUGAGAGCACACUGUUUCGCCAUCGGCGCUUGUUUCUCCCAUUGGACGCCAACGUAAGAGCUCCUAAGGUUUGGAACGUGCAACGAUAGUAGCCACGAUGGCAUACCAAGGAGGGAACCUGAAGUCGACCUCCAUAAAUGGAGUGAAGAUGUACACAGUAGCAGGACAACACAAGUCACUGGCCACUUGGCUUGCGCCAAAGAAGAUUAGAGCUCUUCGCAAAGACAAAAAUUAUCUGGAAAGGGUGGAUUUGAUACAAGAUUUAAGAUUUGAAACUGCAACAACUAGAAUUAAAGCUACCCCAGAUGGCGAAUUUCUCAUUGCUUCAGGUAUUUACCCUCCUCAAGUCAAAGUAUACGAGUUAAGGGAACUAUCAUUGAAGUUCGAAAGGCAUCUUAUAUCAGAAAUAAUCAAUUUUCAGGUGUUGAGUGAUGACUAUUCAAAGCUAGCUUUCCUAUGUGCUGAUCGUUCUAUUUGUCUACAUGCUAAAUAUGGAAGCCAUUACAGUUUACGGAUCCCAAGAAUGGGGAGGGAUAUUAUAUAUGAUAACUGGUCAUGUGACUUAAUAUGUGCAGCCUCAUCUCCAGAUUUAUACAGAAUUAACUUAGAACAGGGACGUUUCCUAUCGUCUCUUACAACACAAUCUCCAGCAUUAAAUGUAGUCUCUAGAAGCAAGUAUCAUGGGCUAGUUGCUGGUGGUGGUGAGGAUGGUGCUGUUGAAUGCUUUGACAUGAGAACAAGAUCUUCCAUUGCAAGGCUUAACGCAGUGACACCUGUCAAUGAUGGUGAUCAGGAGGUUACUGCUAUAGAGUUUGAUGGAGAUGGAGGCUAUCACAUGGCUGUUGGAAGUAGUGGUGGAAAGGUUAUGAUUUAUGAUUUGCGUUCAUCUUCUCCUAUUCGAGUAAAAGAUCACAUGUAUGGAAGCCCUAUAUUAAACAUCAAAUGGCAUCAAACUUUGAACUCAGAGAAACCAAAACUAAUUACUACUGAUAAGCAUAUUGUCCGAAUUUGGGAUCCAGAAACAGGGGAAGGAAUGACAAGUAUUGAGCCAACAGGUGGAGAAAUUAAUGACAUGUGUGUAUUUGAUGAAAGUGGAUUAAUGCUAUUGGCUCUAGACACAAGUCAAAUCCCUUCUUAUUUUUUACCAGCCCUGGGGCCCGCUCCAAAGUGGUGUUCAUACAUGGAGAAUUUAACAGAAGAGAUGGAGGAAGAUGCUGAAACUACUAUUUAUGAUGAUUACAAAUUUUUGACACAAGAUGAUCUUGAAAAAUUGAACUUGACAAAUUUAAUUGGCACAAAUCUUCUAAGAGCUUACAUGCAUGGGUACUUUAUUGAUUUUCGUCUUUAUAAAAAGGCACAUGCAGCAGCUAAUCCUGUUGUUUAUGAAGAGUAUUUAGAGAAGAGGAAAAAGGAGAAGGAUGAGGAGGAGCGUAGCACGCGUAUUACGAUUAAGAAGAAACUGCCUAAGGUUAAUAGGGUUCUUGCAAAACGUCUUCUUGAAGAUGAAGAAUUAGAAGCCAUAAAAAAAGAUACAACAGAUGUUGCUGUUGAUGUUGAUGUUGAUGUUGACACCACUAAAAAACCAUCAAAGAAAAGGAAAGGGCUCACUUCUGAUGUUCUUCAAGAUGAACGUUUCACUUCUCUUUUCAAAAAUGAGGAUUUCGAAGUGGAUGAAAACUCUUUGGAGUAUCGUGCAUUGCAUCCUUUAGCUACACCAGUGCAGCCUUCAUUAGUGAAGGAACACUUUGAGCCUUUUAAUGAAGAAGAUGAAUUUGAUUCUGAUGAAGAUUCUCAGCCUUCUGAUGAUGAAACUAAAGAUGGAAAGAAAACUCGAGCUCCAAGAUUGUAUGAAGUGAAGGAUGAGAGGCAUGCAGAAGCAUUUGGAAACAGGAGGUCACUUGCUAAAGAAGAUGCUUUGCCAUUAGAAGAGAGAAUAAAAGCUCUAACAAAUAGAAAUCAAGGUUCAAACGCCUUAAACAAGAUUAAAUCUGGACCAGGUGGAUCAAGGGAGAUUUCAUUCAUAUCUAGAAGCAAAGGGAAGUAUAAGGAAGAUGAGUUUGAUGAUCAUGAUGAUGAUGAUGGUUUCAAUCAUCGUGAAAAGAGAAGGGGAGUGCAUUCACUGGGGUUGAAGUCUGAUAGAGGAGGAUUUCAGGGUCGGGGACGUGGUGGUAGAGGGCGGGGAGGUGGCGGCAGAGGGAGGGGAGGUGGUGGAGGAAGGGGGAGAGGAAGAGGUGGUGGUGGAGGAGGUGGAGGGAGAGGAAGAGGAAGGGGUAGGCGGUGA